AUGACGUGGCUCACAAUUUCUUUUAAAUAUGGUGGGCGCGUGACAGUUGUGGUUUCCCACGCAUUUCCUUCGUUGGGCGCACGAAUUAGUUUGAUCUCAGCGGUUGGAUGUACCGUCCAGCAUCGUGCGGUGGAGAUUCAAGCAGAGUGGCAACACGUUGAAUAUUUCAAUAAUGGUACAUUUGGCACUGAAGAAAGAGUGUUAAUGAGUGUUCUUUCUUCAGAAUUUCUUGACGUCGAACAGGCACUGACAUUGGAGAUGAGAAAAAGAAUAAUGAAUGUUUAA